AUCAUCACCACCACUGACGAUCGACCCCCCCGGAUACUGACGACUGGACGAUUUCUUGCACCUCGCAAAACUCAUCCAACCAAACCGACCUCAGUCAGAUCCUUUAACCAAGCCGUCAAAAUGGAGAACGACCGUGGCGAGAUCGUGGACCUCUACGUCCCCCGCAAGUGCUCUGCCACCAACCGCAUCAUUAAGGCCAAGGAUCACGCCUCCGUCCAGAUCUCCGUCGCCAAGGUUGACGAGUCCGGCCGUGCCGUCCCCGGCGAGAACCACACCUACGCCCUCUGCGGUUUCGUCCGCGCCAUGGGCGAGUCCGAUGAUGCCUUCAACCGCCUCGCCCAGCGUGAUGGCCUCGUCAAGAACGUCUGGUCUGCGCAGCGAUAAAUGGAGAAAAUCAGGCGGCGGCGGCGCGCAGAGAGGCUUGGAACGUGAACAAGGGCUACAGUUGUUUGUUUGGCAUCUCUCGGGUUGGGUGGACAUCGGAACAUCGGACACCAAUGGUGAUGUUUCAUGGAGUUUAGACGGCACGGAAAUGCAUCUUGCCGGUAUUGAGACCUUUCAAAAAUAACAUCCCUUUUUUCUCGACC